AUGUCAAUUUGCAGGGUUGACGUCCCUUCCGGGAAAUUGUUGGCUCAACUAACCGCGUUUAAGCCUUCCUUUUUCUUCAUUUGGUUUUCCCAUCUGUGGUCAUAUGGGAAGAAGCUCGACGCCUUGCUCGGAAGAGGCUUCAAGCCCUCCAAGUUCAAGUCAGUUAUCAGUGUGGCCAUUUCCCGUCUCUCCGUUUUCAAGAACCAGCGCGAGGCUCGACGCAACGUCGCUCGUUCCGACGUCGUGCAGCUCCUUCAACAAGGCCACCACGACCGUGCUCUUCUCAGAGUUGAGCAGGUGGUGAAGGAACAAAAUAUGUUGUAUGUGUUUGGUAUCCUGGAAGGGUAUUGUAAUCUCCUGAUUGAAAGAGUCCAUCUCAUUGAGCAAGAGAAGGAUUGUCCUGGUGAGCUCAAGGAGGCAAUCUCCGGCUUGCUCUUUGCAUCUUCGAGGUGUGGUGAUUUCCCCGAGCUUCAAGAGAUUCGGGCGAUCUUCGUGUCUCGCUACGGUAAAGAAUUCGCUGCUCGUGCCAUCGAGCUGCGCAACAAUUGUGGAGUGAACACUAUGAUUAUACAGAAACUCUCAACCAGACAACCGGACUUGCAGAGCAGAAGGGAUCUGCUCAACGAGAUUGCGGCCGAGAAUGGCAUCGCCUUACGACUCCAUGAAACCUCUGUUUCCGCUGCUGAUGAAAAUUUGGAUGGAAGCAAGAAUCAUAGCCAGUCCAAGCUAGACACAUUAGGUAAGGCAACCAACCAUUCAAGCCUAGGAGACGACGAAGACUUCUCCGAUUCACCAAAAGCAAGGAAAAAGUACAAGGAUGUAGCCGAUGCCGCUCAAGCAGCCUUUGAGUCGGCUGCACAUGCAGCAGCAGCGGCAAGAGCAGCCAUGGAGCUCUCCCGGUCUGAUUUCCAUGAUCCUGAUGAUCACAACAGUCUUGAUAGUCAAAGAAAAAGAGUGUUUGACACUCAUGAACCUAGUGGUUCUAAAGGUAAAGAACCUCAUCAAGGCAGCCAAGCAGAGGAGUCGAACCAGGGCACGAUGACCUCGGAAAUCAAGAUCUCGAGUCCUUCGAGUAAAGAAUCAUCAGAAGGAAACCUGGACAUGAGAACAAUGUCCUUGGAUGAAGUGGACCCAAUCAAGCUAUUGGAAAAGGAAGUAGUUAUCCAUUACAGUGAUGAUGAUAUCCAUGAUUUCUAUGAUCCCAGUUUUGAUAUGAACACAAGAGAGUUCAAAGGCAAGGACGACGAGCACUCUGAAAAUACCGGACCGAUGUUUCAGAACUCUUCUGAUAAUCAAGUCCCCACAACCCUUCAUGCUGGCCUGAAGCAUGAGACGGGACCUGAAAACCCCUCGGAAAAUGCCAUUCGAAGUUCCGAGACGAAAGGUAACGACACUUCACUAUAAACAAGGGUCCAUUUUCUGUGAGGACAAGACAAUUGCGUGGAUACUGAGGAGCAUCACCAUACUAAAUUCAUUCUCAAGUUCUGGCGAGUAGCAUUAUAAGUUUGUUUUUUCAUUCUUCAUCAUUUUGUUAAUUUCCAUGAGAUGUAAACUUUUUUUUUGAAUGAUUGUUGAAACAUAUUGAGAAACAAAACAUUUCAAAGUACUAAAAUAAGAACAACAACAACAAUUCAGCACAGUUAGGUUUCCUGCUAAAACCAACAACAAUUCUCAAAUUCAGUUGAUUAAACAAAUCCAUCAGCACUGCAAAU